UAGAAUUUAGCGAACGAAUCGCGACUGGCCGAAUAGAAGCAGUAUCUUUGCGUUAGGCGCGCGCACUACAGUGCGCGGCCAUAGUGAACGAAAAUAGCGGUAGACGUGAGAAUAGACAACAUGCUGCUACUUUUUCGGUUGAGAGGUGCCUGCAGCGACUUCUAGAAGGGGCGUCACUACAGGAGACCAGGUGGGCCCGCCGGCUGGUUGGGCCCACCAGCGCAGAGAGUGUUGCUCAUUGUACGUAAUCAGCACUGAGCAACUAUGGAGCAGUUCGAGUCAUUGCUGACGUGCUGCGUCUGCCUAGACCGGUACAGAAAUCCGAAGCUGUUGCCAUGCCAGCACAGCUUUUGCAUGGAGCCGUGCAUGGACGGCCUUGUCGACUACGUCAGACGACAGGUCAAAUGUCCAGAAUGCCGUGCUGAGCACCGAAUCCCAUACCAAGGAGUCCAGGGAUUCCCAACAAACGUCACUCUCCAGAGAUUUUUGGAGCUUCAUGCCAAUAUUGCUGGAGAACUUCCAGAUCCCACAGCCGGGCAGGUUAUGGAAAGAUGCAAUGUGUGCUCAGAAAAAGCAUACUGUGCACCAUGUGCCCAUUGCGACAAGAAAGUCUGCGAAGACUGCAAGUCAGCACACAUGGAAGUUUUACGUAGAGAAAUUGCAAGAAUUAACAACCAAAUCCGUCGUGGCCUUAACAGGCUUCAAGACAUCCUUGGAGUAGUUGAACGUAACACAACAAACCUUCAGACAAACUGCGGAGCGGUAGCUGGAGAAGUUGAUGAAAUUCACAAAAGACUAGCCAAGGCACUGAAAGAUAGAACCGAUUUCUUAAGAAACGAAGUUGACCGUUACCUAGCAACUGAACUUAGAAACCUCACUAAUUUGAAAGAUAACCUAGAGUUAGAAUUAAGUAAUAUACAAAGUAAUUGUGAUCUCGCCGAUAAAUAUAUGAACGACGAUGUGGAAUGGGAAGAUACAGAAUUAGUAGACACUAAAGAAAUCUUCCUGAAAACAGUCGAGUUCCUAAGAAACUUCGAUUACGAAGCCGGUGAUUAUAACCGUAGAGUACGGUUUAUCAUGACACAUGACCCGAAUCAACUGGUCAUGCACGUCGCUAGCUAUGGUGAGCUAAACAUCACCCAACCUAACGCAUAUUCUUCAGGAAUGCAGCAAAACCAAGGUCUCACAAGGUCUAAGAGUGAUCACCGCUUAGCAUCACAGUUCCGCCAACAGGAAGAGGCUAAAGGUUGGCAAGAAAACGAUGAACCUAUUUUGGGUGGUCGUAAAUUCGGUGAGCGCCGCCCCCCACCUCCUGAAAAGCAUACGAGGGACUAUGGCGCUGCUGAUGAUUACAGCGGUUACGAAUCUGAACAUAGGCCAACUAGAUCUAGGUUCCGUUCUCGUUUUGUCAAGAGUCACUUAGACAAUGACUCUGAUUCAGAACAAACCACUCGUGCCACCAAGGCCGAGCAACAGCAGAAAGAAAAAGAGAAGGUUGCUGAUACUGAAGAUGCUACCAGAGGACCUCUUAGUGGUAUUUUCCGUCUGAGCGAUUGCCCGCGUGUCAUGCAAAGGAUAUUAGAUGUUGACAGCGGUAAGAAGAAAGAAAAAAAAGAACCUCCACCUCCCCCUAAACCAGUUCAGCCCGCACCACAACCUCAGCGCCGCCCGCCACCAGCACAGAGGCAACAAAGCGAAGACGAUGAGAUAACACGUCUCAAAAGACAGAAUAAGGGUGCAGCCUCAUCACAAGAACCCGAACGCGCACCUGCUCGUCCAGCAGAAGAAGAACGCAACGCAGUAAACCGUAAACCACCUACACCGGCGCGGGAGGCGUCCAGUGAUGGUGAAUCCGAUGAAUCUGUUGGAUCUCUACAGCGAAAUCAGCGUAAAAAUGCGCCUGCACCACAAAAGCCGGUAACAACGGCAAGAAGACCGUCAGCCACUGAUGCACCAGCACCACACCGUCCCGCAGCUCGUGCACCUAGCACGGAAUCUAGCGCGUCUACUGAAAGCUCCGGCUCGGCGGUGAAACACACAGGUGCCAUUUUAAGCAUCGCAGAAUUAAAAGCAAAGUAUAGCCCGAACGCGCUUCCAACAACUCCUGGAUCUCGUUUCUCUUCCGCAGGCAACGAGAGAACGGCGCCGGCAGCGACGAACGGUACAGCCGGUGGCGCGCAACGGGUCCAGAGCCGCUUUGUCGGUGCUCAGCGACCCGCACCCGCACCGGCACCCGCCGAGCCGGCUCACGAAGAUUCCGACACGAGCUCCGAGGAAGAAACCGACUCCUCCGAGGAGAGUGACGAGGAGCCUGUAACGCAACGAAAGCCCGAGAGCCAGGCGAUGGCUCGAAGUGACAUUGGUCCACUUCUCGCGCGUAGUACAAAUGCCCGUAAUGACGCCGUCGAAAAUAAGACGAAAGAGACACCAACGCAGUCGCGAUACCGCACGAGACAAACGUCACAGACGGAAGAAGAGCCCGCACCUAGGUACAGCGCUGGAUCCUCAUUUAGUAACAGAUAUGGAAGCAAACCUAGAGAAGAAGAACCACCAUCGUCUUUGGACGAUGAGACUAAAUAUCCAACAGCUAGAUCGAGAUACCUCGCCCUGAAAGAACGCCGCAACCGUCUCGCUAGGAGUAAGAGCAGCCACACCGGCUUCGGUGCUGGAGACGACGACGAUCAGGACGAUCCGGUGUCACCCACGACAGCGUCACCCUCAGCGUACCUUGCGGCUCGAUACGGCUCCGGCACUGGUGGUUCGGAGUUGUCUCGAAGUCGAUCUUCACACGCACUCAAAUCGAGAGAGAGCUCGCCCGAACGGCCUCCCCCCGGUGAAAAAGACGGAGCGGCCCUCAGUUCUUGGGCGAGAUACUUGAAGAGCAAGUACGGAUCGCGAGGCAAGGAUCGCGAACCUACGAGUACAUCGUCGAGCACGUCCCGUCGCCUGUCUCUCGGGCUACCUUUACGCUCGGCAAACGAGCUUGCCAGUUCUGAUGACGAUUCAAAAAACGCGGCAGGCUCCCCCAUCUCCCCUACGGCGGCUACAGCAGCGGUAGCAGGUUUCGCAGCAGCCGGUUCCUCCCCUAGGAGCCAGUACAUGCAGAAACGCCGUUUACAAUUCAGCGUGGGGAGUCGGGGGAGCGAACCCGGAUGCUUUACUUGGCCUCGUGGUAUCGCUGUGGGUCCCGACAACACUAUGGUCGUGGCCGAUUCAUCUAACCACAGAGUGCAGGUGUUCGAUUCCAACGGUAUAUUCGUGAAGGAGUUUGGACAAUACGGCAGCGGUGAAGGCGAAUUUGAUUGCUUAGCUGGAGUCGCUGUCAACAGGAUCGGACAAUAUAUCAUUGCUGAUAGAUAUAAUCAUCGUAUACAAGUAUUUGACCCUCAAGGCCGUUUCCUCAGGGCAUUUGGCAGUCAGGGCACAGGAGACGGCAAGUUCAACUACCCAUGGGGCAUCACUACGGACGCGCUCGGAUUUAUAUACGUCUGUGACAAGGAAAACCAUAGAGUACAGGUGUUCCAAUCCGAUGGCACGUUCGUUGGCAAGUUCGGGUCCUUCGGGUCCAAACUUGGUCAGUUAGAGCACCCCCACUACAUCGCCGUGUCCAGUACAAACAGGGUCCUUGUGUCUGACUCCAACAAUCAUAGGAUACAGGUCUUCGAUGUCAAUGGAAGGGUCCUCUCGUCGUUUGGCGAAGAAGGGUCUGAAGAUGGACAGUUUAAGUUCCCAAGGGGUGUAGCAGUAGACGAUCAAGGCUACAUCGUGGUAGCUGACUCCGGCAAUAACCGUAUCCAGAUCUUCCACCCUGACGGCAACUUCCUCAGAGCCUUCGGGUCUUGGGGCUCUGGUGAUGGGGAGUUCAAGGGUCUGGAAGGCAUUGCUGUCAUGUCUGGUGGCAAUAUCAUUGUUUGUGACCGGGAGAAUCAUAGGGUGCAAGUAUUUUAAGAUCGACAGCUUUAACCAACAAAUAUAUUCUGUAUUGAAAAUACAUACUUGUAUACCACGCGAUGAUAUUUUCUAUUCAAAUUAUUUCAUAAUGUAAAAACAUAUUUUUUAUUCAAAAUAAACAAGCUUUCUUCAAAAUUGUCAGUUUCAAUUGUUUGGAUUUUCUAACAACAAUUUAAACUUAACAAAAAUAAUUUAUUUACAAAAACAAAUAAUAGGUCUCAAAUUGUACAAAUAAAAUAAAAAUGGAAUUACAAAAUAUUUACACAAGGACUUCGCCUAAUCGAAUUGAAAGAUUGAAAAAACAACUGGAUUGAUAGAAUCAUUUCACUUUUUUCAUUUGAUCCAAAUCUUGAAUAUCCGAAGAUCAGUCAAUCAGUGUCUUGAAUGUUAUCAAUUGAAAAGACAAAUGGGGUAUCGAAAGACAAAGUGAUUUUUCUUAGGCUGGAUCGCUAACUUUCGAUUAAAGAAAAAACAGAAGUUACAUCCUAAAGAAACCUAAUUAUUCUUUCAAGUUUCUUGAAACACAUGACAAAUAAUAUUUCGUGAUAAAUGGGUGUAUAUUCCGAUAAUAAUAUUCAAUGAGUCUUUAUCUUAUUAAAAUGGUGAAAAUAAUACUAAAGUUUCUUCAAAUAAAUCGAAUUACAAAGCAUGGUAAUACUCACUUUUAUAUUAUUCUCAAUCCAGGUUGAGUCCGCAAUGAUAAUACAAAGUUAUUGUUCUCAAAUGCAUUAUUUCUUUCUUUCAAUCCAUUACGUUAAACGCGAAAAUAAUCAUAAAAUCCGAUACAUCAAUCUUAUUCAAAACGAAACUAAAUAUUAUUAAGUUCGAACAAAAAUUAAAAAAAGCAUUUAAAAUAAUAAUUGUUAACUUAAAAAUGUUUUUGAAUAAAAUACACUUAAGCAUUUAUGAGAUUGAGUUGGAUUUGUUUUAUUCAAAUAAGUUAAUGAAGUUUUAAAUAAAUAUAUAUAUUAUUCAAAUAAAUGAGAAAUGUAAAUAUAAAAUACUAGACUUGAACUGAACGGUAGGUAAUAUAAAAUAUACCAAAAAAAUGUUGCCAUAUUCAUGUAGCUUUUAGUAAAUUGUUUGCUUAUUUUACUAGUCGAUUUUAAAUAAAUGUAUUGUAUUUGUCUUAUUAUACAUUUAAUGUGACUUCAAGUCGCAAAUAGUCAUUAUAAUAUAAUAUAAUAUAAAUGAUAAAUAAAUAAAUAAAUACAAUAAAAUAAAAUUCAAUUUUUACAGAAAAAUAAAAUAAUACGUUAUUAUGUAUUCAAUCAUAGAACCGAUUUCUGUAUUGAAAUGUGAAGUAGGUUUUUACAAUAAAUUUAUAUUUGAAUAGUGCCUUCGCCUAGUCCUAGUCGUAAAUAAUUUUCCUACGAAAUGUAAUGCUUACGAAAUAAGGUAUCCGAAAUAAUAAAUUCGUGCCAAAAAAAGAAAUGUUUUUGGGAUAGGGACAUGGUUACAGCAGGCGCGAUUUUCACUAUUAUAUCCGUCACUUCAAACAAAUUGAAAAAAAAAAUAACAAUAUUUCCAGCGUCGGGUAAGCAAAUAAAAAACUCAAAAUCACCCUUUUCGGUCAUAUUUUUAAUUAAAAUUUUGAACACACCCUUCAAACCAUAUUUUUCAUCAUAGUCAUUUUUCACCUAGGUCGCUUAUCCCAGCCCGCUAUAUCAUUUAAAAAAUCGCUCCCGCUUUAUGUGUCCCUAUCCUUAUUAUUUCGUGCCGAUACGAGAAAAUGAAAUGCGAUUAUAUAUGUAUACAAGCGAGAUAUAUUUUGUACAUUUGUCAUAAGUUUCUGUCAUAUGAAAUACUUUAGUUUGUUGCUUAUAUAGUUUUUGAUCUUGCGGUUUCAGUAUGUCACUGAAUUUCCUUUUUCUUAAUUUUUUUUUUGUGAACAUAAAAUAUUUUUUUCAAAUUAGCCAAAUUAAAAUUGUUUUGUAGUUGAAUUGUUUCUAUGUUAAAAACUUUAUUUGAACUUAUAAAGAAUUGUAUGCCCUUGUAAUUCGUUAAAGAUCUAAUUAAUUUUCUGUUAAUACUUGCAUUAUUUAUUUCAAUUCGCAUAGUGUUUACAAAUUAAACAAAUAAAUGAAUUUCAUUGUAUUGGUACGAAAUAAUUCAAAUAAAUUAAAUCCAAUUUAUAUUUAUAAAAAUGUAAAAAUAUAUACAUUACUAUUUAAUUCAAAUUGUUAUUAACAAUUGCACAGCUUUGCUUAUGAUUUUUUUAAUAAAAAUAUAUUUAAAUAAAAUAUUUUGUGUACAUACCACAUGUACUUGAUAGAUUUAAGAACAAUGUUAAAGAGGACUUUUUGUAUGGUUUUGAAGUUUAAAUAAACAUGAUUUGUUACUGAAA